AUGCCCGUCAAAGCAAUCACCAGCCAGGCCGACUACCAGUCCAUCCUUUCCGCCGCAGGACCCACCAAGCUUGUAAUGCAACUCGUUGUUGUCGACUUCACAGCUGCAUGGUGCGGACCUUGUCAGGUUAUCAAGCCCAUCUUUGAAAAGCUUUCCAACACCUACCGCCACGUUGUCUUUGUCAAGGUCGAUGUGGAUGAGUUUCAGGAGGUUGCUGCGGUCGCUGGAGUCACUGCCAUGCCUACAUUCCAGCUCUUCAAGGCUAGCAAGAAGAUUGCCGAGAUGAAGGGCGCUAACGCCGCAAACCUGGAGGCAUUGAUCAAGCAGCACCAGGGACCCGUCGAGGAGGGAGGUGCAGGAUCAGCAGCACCCUUGGUUGCAGGACACAGCGAUGUGAGCGAGCAGAUCACCCUCAACCAGGUCGACUGCCUGAACCAGCAAACCGCCAACCAUGUCAGGAACGCUCUCAAGAGCGACGACACCUACCUCGAGAGUGAUGUUGAUGAGCAGCUGAUCAUCUCUGUACCUUUCAACCAGGCCAUCAAGUUGCACUCGCUCAGGAUCAUCCCCAAGGAUAUUGCCCAUGCGCCUAAGACGGUCAAGUUGUAUGUCAAUAAGUUGCAUCUUGGAUUCGAUGAGGCCGACAGUGUUGAGGAGACCCAGACGAUUACGUUGACAGAGAAGGACUAUGAGGGCAAUGGUCUGAUCUCGCUCCGCUUUGUCAAGUUCCAGAACGUGACCAAUGUGAUUUUGUUUGUUGAGGACAACUUGGGCGACGAGGAGACGACACAAAUCAAGCAGUUGAUCUUUAUUGGAAGCUCCCUGGACGGCACCGACAUGUCUGCCCUCAAGAAGGUCGAGCACGAGCACUAA